AUGCACCCGUCGACCUCACCGUGGGGGACUCUCCCUCCUGAGAUGAAGCUGUCUGUCGCCGAUCUCCUUGAUCCGCGCGAUAUGAAAGCUCUUGCCAUGGUCGAUCGCGAGUCCUAUGACCUUUGUGUCCCUUCUAUCUUCAGGUCCGUCAAGAUCCAGAGUUACGAGGCACUGCAGACAUAUCUGUCUACAGUUCCCAGCUCGUAUUCCCACUACAUCCGUAGAUUACAUGUCUGCACAAAGCUUGAUCAAUCCGUCCCCCACGCGCCUGUCAUCGGUCGCCGGAUCGUGACAGACACGGUCAUAGACCUGUUGGCGCAUUGCUCCCAGCUAGAGCAACUGACGCUGUGUCUAGAGGGCUCCUUGUCAAAAAACAUUAUCCCACUCUUCGGAGAUUUGCGGUCGCUCACUAACCUGAGCAUCCACCAUUGCGGGGAUGAGAAUAGGACACUUCUGAGUGAGCGGUUCGUCGUCUCAGUCGCAGCCGCCGUUCCCAAUCUCCGUCAGCUGUCUCUCGACCGCAUCACCCGGUCGGCACUGCACGCACCCGAACUCAUCGGUGUAUACCCUUUCAUACCCCUUGUUGCCGGUGAUGAGGACAUCCCUGACCACGCGUUGCUUGGCUCAGAGCUUCGCCUCCCAUCCCUUCUCCGCCUUUCCGGUCUCAAAAAACUGCGCAUCCGGGACACUCAUCUCGGGGAUCCGCAAUGGGGGUCCACCCCUGUAUGUUGCUCAUUGGAAGUGUUGGACCUCGGUAGCUGCUACCACGAGUCCCUCGACUUCAACCGUAUUUGCACAGAGCGUAUCAUGGGCAACAUUGGGCACACUGUCGACGAGUUCGCUCUGAAUACAGCGCUCACCUCGCAGACGUUUGAAUUCGCCAAACACAACGAGCCGCCCCUCAAGCGGCUCCGCAAGGUCCAUCUUACCCCGCUCUUUCCUGUCGAAAACGUUGUCGAUACGUUGACAACACUCUCCGAUUCUCCCAUCGAGCAAGUCUUGGUGCAAUGCCAUGAAGACGACGUCGUCGAUAUGUGCUCCGCCUUGGAGGACUUCCUCAGCCUUCGCGUGCAGCUCGGGAAGAGGGGAUUCUACCAGCACCUCACCGAGAUCUCAGUGAAGACAGUCAGGGACAUCACCGAUGCGCUCACUGACCCUUUUGCCGAUGAUGCGGCCGAUGGCUCGUCGGGCAUCGUUGUCGGUGAACACACAGAUGCCGUCCGGCACUUGCGCGAGUUUUUGCACGACCUUCGUCUGACAGACGGGAAUGAUCUCUCGGAAGCGUUGCGUCAUUCCCUUGCCCCGGCAUCAGAUUGUUCUACGACCUCGGCAUUACCUCUGGCUGAGGGAAAGGUGUAG